GAGUAAAAUACUGUUGAAGCGAUGCUCUUUCUGAUGUCUCAAGUCAACGACCACCUCGAUGUCUCCAACAUGGCUCCGUUCGAAGGAACUCGAAAGAGAUUCACGGUGCAAAGGAAAGAUUCUGCUGAGUCAGUCGUGAGCGCAAAGCUUGAAAAUGGUCAAUUUUUCAACGGCUUUAUAUGCAUCUUGAAAUGGAUAUCUGCAGUUCUAAUUUUCUUGGCUGUAUUAUUCUGUAUUGUGACUAGCAAGCUUUGUUUGCUGGUUCUUGGGCAUCAGUUUAAAAGUGCACAAGAAACUAAAACGAACACUACAGCAGAGUAUUCUGCAGAGGCGAAUAAACAGGCAUUGGUGAUGAUGCUCGUGCUCGCUUUAGUGAUACCACAGGCGGCAUCUUUACUUUACGCCAUUUGGACAAGCCUGAGGAGAAAAAGCCGACCAUGGCCAACAAAACAAGGAUUUAUUAUCAUUUUGGUUUCCGGAGCCCUAGAAGCGAUUUCUCUUAAUUAUAUUGUCGUGGUGAUGGUGACUGUUCUACCAGUUAACCCCGACGUAACUGUGCUGCUUAUGUGCAGUUUAAGUGUGGCACCGGCGAUAUGGCAAGCGUUCAAAUCGCGAUCACAAUGGCAAACUUGUCAAGGGAAGUUGGAUGUUAUUAAAUUUUCUGCAGCUGCUAUCUCAGCCAUAACUGGCAUUGUCAUGCUCUCUAUAAAGGUACCCGACUUAUCUGGACAGAUUGGCAUUCCUGUAUCAUUUUUUCUCCUUUCCAUUGCUUGGUCACCGAAGCUUAGAAAACUCCAAAUACGAAGCAAACAACACAGUCAAUCGACGUUAAGAGAACACUAUGUUUCAGGCGUUUCUUUAAGCAACAAUGAUGAAGAGCGAGGAACUAGCAGGGGUCCUCCUGUUAAGAUAAAAACUGCCCGAGGAAAGGCGGCCAUUGUAUCUUCGUUUUGGAAACUUUUUCUCACACCUCUGAUUGCAAUGACGUUCGCCAAAAGUUACGAUAUUGUUGAGCUCGACAGCAUUUACGACACUUUUAAAGCCAUGACAACAAUGAAUCCAUCAACAACCUACUUCAUGCUUCAUAUUUUUGCGAGUUUCUUUGGUUAUCAUUUUGGUUGGCUGAGCUGUUCUCUUUGCAUGCAACGUAUUGGAUACGCUCUUCCGUUAACGCUGGCAACACCGAUUACUCUCCUCGUGAUGCAAGUCCAAAGGAUAUAUGAAAUAAGCAUACUACCAUUACCUUGUGCAUCAACAGAUCUAGGCUACAUUCUUGGGGCAGGGUUCCUUCUGUGGUUCUCGCAGUUCAUUGCAACCACUUAUUACACAUGGAAGAGUCAAGGACAGAUCAUGGCAAAGGCAUCUGAUCUUCUAUGGAUUCCGUCUUACAAUGGUGUCUGCCUUGAACAGUACUUAUUAUUAAACAGACGAAAUCAGUCAUGUGACGAGGAACACAACAAACACAACGAGCUAUCAAACAAUAUCCACGUGUUCAUAUGUACGACAAUGUACCACGAGGCUGACUACGAAAUGGAGCAACUCCUUCGUUCUAUACACGAUGUCGACAUAAACAGAACCAAAUCAGGAAGACAUUUUGAGUCACACGUGUUUUUCGAUGGAUGUAUCAGGGCAAACGUGCUUAACAGCUAUGUUUUGCAGCUGGUGUCAUUGGUGGAAAAGACGUUGGUUGUGAGUCUGACGGAUUGUAUCAAAAUGAAAACCCCAUACGGCAUGCAGCUAAGGUGGAAACUUCAGGGCGGAAUGGAUUUCACUAUUCAUCUUAAAGAUAAUGCUAAGGUGAAGAACAAGAAAAGAUGGAGCCAAGUAAUGUAUAUGUCCUACGUCCUCGACUUUCGACAAGAACUUCUCAGAGUGGAAGAUGACCAGUGCUUCAUCCUUACAACAGACGCUGAUGUUAAGUUUACCCAUUGGUCUGUUGAAGCGUUAAUUGACCAGAUCACUGAGGACCCCAAAACGGGUGCAGUGUGUGCUCGUACCCAUCCAUUGGGAGAUGGGCCUGUUGUUUGGUAUCAAAUAUUUGACUAUGCCAUCGGACACUGGUUUCAAAAGGUGGCCAAUCAUAUGCUUGGUUCGGUACUGUGUAGUCCCGGAUGUUUCAGUUUGUACAGGUGCCAGGCUGUACGAGAUGUUCUUCCUACAUAUUCUACCGGCGUGGACCACGCCUUUGAAUUUCUUACGAAAGACAUGGGUGAAGACCGCUGGAUGUGUACACUCAUGAUCCAAAGAGGCUGGCGACUGACAUAUUGCGCCGCAGCAGAAGACAGCACUUACUGCCCAGAGAGCUUUGACGAGUUUUACAAACAACGUAGACGAUGGACACCAUCCACUUUAGCCAAUCUUGUUCUGCUUGUCAGCGAGUGGAAACGGACACUGAAGAAUAACGAGCAUAUUUCUUUUCUAUUUAUUCUUUACCAAACGUUCCUCGUCUGCUCCACAGUUAUUGGACCCUCCACAGUCAUUCUGGUCAUAGUAGGUGGAAUGGUGUUCUCAGGACUUGCUAUUAACGAGAUUACUACAGUGGCUCUCCUGAGCCUUUUGGUUCUUGCUUACAUCUUAGUCUGUUUAUUUGCGUCCCAAAACGUUCAACUCAAAGCGGCUAAGAUACUGACCUGCUUUGCUGUGAUCAUGUACAUUGUCAUCAUUGGCGUGGCUGUUCAAAUUUCAAAUGAGUUAUGUCCAUUUCUUUACGUACUUGAUGUCUUCGGGCUGAAACAAACAAGCAUAAUCCGCACUGUAUUUUUAGGAACACGAGAAGGAAAGUCCACAUCUUCAGACGGAGACGACUGGUACAGGCCAUUUUGGAAUUGUUUGAAGAGAGUUUGCAAAUGCUGCCAAUAUCAAGAAGAGUCAGAACAAAUCCGACCGAAACAUCAUGGUACAAAAGAUGGAAGCAUCAUAGAAGGGAGAACCAAUAUCACAGUGGAACUUUCAAAUUCCUCAAGCAAGUUAACAAGACCAUCAGAUGCAAACGAGAACACAGGGGUGGCUCUUGAUACAGAGGAAAGUGUGUCUGAGAAAGACAAAACAAACGUUCCUCGCCUUUCAGUUAUGGAUACAUAUAGAGCAAAAGAUGGAGUGCCGAGCGCAAAAAGCGAGAAGAGAUCAGCAAACGGUUCACAGUUGGAGAGCCACAAACAGAGUUCAGUUUUUGAAGAUGAUUGUGUUCAAAAAGUAAGUGAGAUCUGUAGAGAUGUUAUGUAUUCUGCAGCUGAGAUCCCAAGAAAAAAACGAGCCAGAUCAUCAAAAAGUUCGCCGUCCAAUGUUGCUGCGAUGAAUGCUAAUGAAAAUUCCACGUUCCACAAACAGCCAUCCGGCCAAUCGUCUGAGCCUGCUACCACUUUAAAUAAAGAUAUCAAAGAUGAAGUCAUACCAUCAACUUCUAAUCCGCAGACAGGAAAUAAGGAAAAUAUCACAAACGAAAAUCGAAUCUCUGUCCAAGAAGCCUGGGCUGAUGAUUGUGAGGGAAAGAUGGCACCUAUUGACGAAGAAGAUAAUUUUGAAAGGAUGUCUAAGGAGUACGACGUGUGCAAUCGUUCCAUUGAGGACUUUCCAACAUGCUUAAAUAAAACACAACCGUCUCAAGCCAGUCUCAAAACCAUUUCCGUCUCAAGAAAUCCAUCCAAACUUGUCCUCCCUGCUAUUCCACGAAGAACACCUUCAAAACCCACCGAGAAUCCGCAGAUCAAACAAACAUGCAUAGAGAAAAGCCAACACGAAAUCCCUGUGAUAUUUUCCACACAAAUUGAGUCGUCGCAAUCAAUUACUGUGGACAGCUCAGAAUAUCAAUUGGAGAUAAGUUCACGAUCGCAUACAUCUCAAGCCGAGCUUCCAGUUCCAACAGAAGGCGAAAUCAGUCGCCCUGGGUCAGCUCUCGAGAAAGUUUCUCACUCUGAUCCAAAUUCUCCAGUAGAGGACUGGAUACCUAACGAUUUGAAGGAUUAUGCUCCAAACUUCCGCAAAAAUGGAUAUGAAAAAGCAAAGUUUAUCGCUGGAAUGACCGACCAGGACCUUGAAAGGAUUGGUAUACAAAAUAUAGGACAUAGACAGAAACUAAUGAGAGAUAUCAAGAAUAUUCCGCGCAUUGAUAUCGAAGAGAACAUUCCGGAAAACGUCGAGGUUUGGUUACAAGAACAUGGUCUCGAAGAAUACUGGCCUUUGUUCAGAUCCAACGGAUAUGCAGAACCAAGCGACUUGGUGGAUUUAAAGAAGAUGAGCAAAGAGAAACUUAAGGAGACAUUGCUCAUCCGAAAACCGGGCCAUUUAAAUCGACUGAAAUCUCUCAUUAACAAAUUGCAAUAUCCUAAUCGAGGACAAAUGAAAAUUCGGCGCACAAGGAAUGAGCUGGAUCGUCUUCCGUUAAAGUUCUUGGAUGUGGAUAAUUCAGACGGAGGUGACGAGUACAACUUCUGGAAUGGUUUACGACAAGAGUGCCUUAUUCCUGAGAUGAGUGCGUUUGAUCAGACGUCCGAGCUUAAAGGAAAACUUGUAGAACUUAGAAAUACAACUCUGCUGGUUUUUGGCGUUAGUAAUGCCUUGUGGAUGAUUAUCAUUCUAGCAUUGGUCCGGCACAAGGAUCUCAAAAUCUUAGGUGUGGACAUCAUCGGACUUGGUUUUUUAACCAUUUAUGGAGGAAUAUUCGCUAUACAGUUUUUAGCUCUUUUGUGCCAUCGCUUUAAAACACUAAUUCAUAUUUUAGCGCGCGCACCUUGGAAGAUGAAUAGUACAAAAGUUGCUCCUGCUGAAUCUCCACGAAGUCAACAAGCAUCGUGAAUAACGUUGAAACAUGAGUGAAUUGUGAAGCAGAAUCAAUGUUAUCAACUUCAAUUAGGGGCGACAAGCAGUUUUGUUUCAGCCACUUUCCCUCUUUGGU